CAAAUUGUGACGGUUGUGCGAAUUGCUGGCAUGGAGGUAGCGCGCACGACAAUUCCGGGGCUGAGCUUCCCGACGGACCUCCUCUUCAACCUAGACGCUGUGCGGAAGCAUUGCACCGCCGAUCUUGCCACACACAAUGCAUGCUUGAGCAUGUUGAAAGGUCGCAUGCAGCUCGAACACUACUACGCGACGGAAUUAGCGCGUCUAGCCGACCAGUUCAAGAUUGACGACGAGGAUGACAGCAACGACCCUGUCGGCGCGGAACUUGGUGCAAUAGAUGGCAAGCGCGGUGCAGACGACGAUGACGGCGACGGCGGAAACGACAGAACUUCGCGAUCGAGCACCCUCAAAGAAGCGUUGCGGGGCUUGAGGGCGCAGUACACAAACACAAGCGUGCAGCACAAAGCCCUGGCGGCGAAUCUGGACGAAGACGUGUAUCAGCCCAUGCAUACGUUGUACAAGUACUUGGUCAAGAAGGAAUCCAAGUUGACGGUGUGCACGACGCGGGUGCGCAAGCAAACGAAGGCCUUCGAAGAACACUACCGCAAACAACAUAUCAAGUUCGACAAACACUUCAAAGACGCGUCGACUACAUAUGCCCAGGCCAUGGACGUCGGCAUCGCCCGGGAAAUCAUCCACAACCAAUACCUGGCCUCGCCAGUGCACCUCCGCCCACAUGAAAAGCACCAUCCUGACAAGCGAACCACUCCGCCACCUACCCAUUCUCUGGACCCAGCAGCUACAAGUGAUGCCGUUAGCAGUCCCCAGCACUCACCCGAAUUGAUCACUACGAUCGGCACUCCUGCUAAACCACCCCCUCCUUCUUCCCCCCACAUUACCGUGUCGGAUGGUACCGGCAACACAUCUCGGCCUCGGAGCACCUCGAUGAGUCGGUCUACGCUAGACGGUACCAAGCUCGUGAGCUGGCUAUUGCCCAGUGGUCAGCAAAAGAAAGACAACUUGCUCAUCACAUCCGUGAAAGCCAUCGAGACGGCCGAAACGUCGCGCCACGAGUGCCGCGUGGCGUGGAAUGGGUUUGAAGACGCACGGGUUGCACUAUUCCGGUCCAUCCAGUCCAUCUUAAACGAUUACCAACAUAUGGCCGAAUACAGCAUUUCGAAUCUCACGGCAAGUCUGCGCAAACAUGUCAUCUUUGAAUCGUCUGCCCUCGCCAACUCGCAGUACGAUUGGCAGAUGCUGGCAACCGUCAUGGAAGCCGUGGACGCCGAGCGAGACAUUCGGGCCUUCAUCGUAGCCAACCAGCGCAUGGUGGUACCGUCCAUGACAGUCAACGACUUGUGUCGUGCCGACAACUUGCCGCUUCCUCCGUCCUCCGCGCCGUUGGCGUUGGCCGACAUCACGACGCGCAAGUGUCCUGUGGAUGUCACGGGGAACACGCACACGGUGUAUGGCUGGCUCACCACUCGAUCGCAGUCUUGUCAAGCGAAGGGCAAUUUGCCCUUGGUCGUGUCCACUGUCACAGCCAAGGCGCUGCUGGCGGCGCUAGAGGCGGACCAGCCAACUAGAGGUGAUGACAAGCAACCUGAAUCGACUGGCGAGCGAGGGGACGUGUACGAGGCAACCAAGGCGCUAGUGGAUAUGGGGGGGCCCCAGUCAAACGACGACAACGGAUGCUGCGAAGAUCAGUGCUAAGACUAUAUAUUUAAGCAAGUUUAUGACCGGUACAAUACUGCUGAGCUGCUGACAUUCGUGGUGUUCUGACUACCACGCGAUCAUAGCAAAACUAGUCCAUUUCGCCGUUACAUGUGAAGCAUGAUCCCCCAAAAUGUGCAAAUUUGGGUGAAUACAGUAUGUAUAACCUACCAUUUACACAGCAGGCGACCCUUCAUACUUUGUCACACUAAGCACCUCGACCACUGACACCCCAACGUAGCAUGUAAACCAUUGAAAUCCGUUUCGAUUAAUCAAGCGGGGGGGUCGGGAGGACAAACGCAUGGAGCUCGUCGAGGAAUUGGGGCAAAUAUCGCGUGUCGUGGGAGAAGAAAUGAUCGGCGCCGUCGUACACGAUCAACUUUGAGGCGGGGGCGGAGGCAGCGGCGAGCCAGACUGCGUCCGAGUCGCGGUGAUCCUUGGAGCCGUUGAUAAACAGCACUGGACCACGGUACUUCUUGAGGGCUUCCGCUGGAUUCGUGGCUUUGAGAAUGGCAAUCUGGGCCUUGGACUGGUGAAAGAAGAACCCGCAUUUCUUGAUGUCGUUCUCAAUCAUGUCACGAUCCAAGUGGCCGUUGGCUUGCACUUGGUCGUGCAUGAGUUUGAGCAGUGUGGCCGCGCUGAAAGUCGAAGACACCCAAUCCAGCACAAUCAGCCCCAGCCCAGCCGCCCACCCACGGUUCACGCCGACGUUUUGACCGCACAUGAGGAUCACGGCCUUGGAGAACAUUGUUGGGUGCUGCCCCAAUAACUCCAUGCCAAUGUAGCCACCGAGGGAUCCACCGACAUACACUGGCGCGACGUCACCCCGCCACGUGCCGGCUAGCGCCGCGCCUUCCAAGAUCACCGCGAUGGCAGAAUCCAGCGUCAGCAGCUCGUCCAUGCGACUGCCGUGGCCAGGCAAGUCCACCAACACGCAGCGCACGUUGACCGCCGCGAGUGACUUCGCGUGCGGAAUGAACAUGCUGCGACACCCGCCGCCCCCGUGCACAAGCACCACCGCGGGUCCGGCGCUCUCUUGGAUGGACGGACCAAACACCUCGACGUGUUGGGUCAUGUCCAGCGCCCAUUUCGAAGUAAAGCAUGCCUUGCACAUGGACGAGAUCGUAGUCGGGUCCGUGUACAGGGCAAAAUCGAGACAUGUCGCGCAGCACACGCGGGAGCAGAGUGCGCAGGCGGUGCCACGAUUGAACCAAGCACCCAGGUGCUUUUGGCAGUCGGGGCACACGGAAGGCGCAGGAGUUGACAUGCCGCGUUGGAUAUGAA